UCCAUCUGUUGAUGUGCUUUUUGGGAGCUCUCCUGCCUGCCAGAGAAAACAUCUAGAAGAAGCACGACGCCGAAUCUUAGCCAUUCCCUUGAGUCCCCGAACCCCACCAGCCCCCAGAGAGGAGAAGGCGAAGUUGAGAGAGAGAUCAGGCGUGCGCGCUGGCUUAGGCGCUCGCAGAGAAUAGGGCGGAAAAGACAGGGAUUUCGGCACCCGCUCAGCCCCCGUCCACACGCUCGGGCGCGCGUCGCCUCCCUUUCCUAGCGCUCCUUGCGCCCUAUCUGGAACUCGGCACUGGGGAUGGGGCAUUGGCGCCGCGCGCGGACAGCGCCGCGCGUCUAGCGUCUCCGCGUACUUGCGGCCGCAGCGCCCGCAGCCGGCUCGUCGGGCUCACAGUGGGCGGGCGGCGGGGCUGCGGGGACCAGCGCGCCGCGCGGCCGGGGGAGGGGACACCGACGAGCGCGGGGCGGGCGCGGGGCUGCGCGCUCCGCCGCGGGGAACCCCGGGACGCCGCCGGCCGAGCCAUGACGGACGCCAGCAACAGGAAAGAGGGCUUCAAAAAAUGCCGGAGUGCUACUUUCAGCAUCGAUGGCUACAGCUUCACCAUCGUUGCAAAUGAAGCUGGAGACAAGACCGCCAGACCACUGGCCCACUUCUCUCGGUCUAAGUCGCAGAACUGUCUGUGGAAUUCCCUCAUCGACGGGCUCACAGGAAAUGCCAAGGAAAAGCCACGGCCAAUGAUUGUCCAUGACCCCCGACCACCAGAAGAGAUCCUAGCUGAUGAAUUGCCUCAGCUCGAUAGCCCGGAAGCCUUGGUGAAGACAUCCUUCAGGUUACGGUCUUUGGUCAAACAAUUAGAGAGAGGCGAGGCUUCGGUGGUCGAUCUUAAGAAGAAUUUGGAAUAUGCAGCCACAGUGCUUGAAUCUGUGUACAUUGAUGAAACCAGGCGACUCCUGGAUACGGAGGAUGAACUCAGUGACAUUCAGUCGGAUGCAGUGCCUUCUGAGGUCCGAGACUGGCUGGCCUCCACCUUCACGAGGCAGAUGGGGAUGAUGCUGAGAAGGAGCGAGGAGAAGCCACGGUUCAAGAGCAUCGUCCAUGCAGUACAGGCUGGGAUAUUUGUGGAGAGAAUGUAUAGACGAACAUCAAACAUGGUUGGACUGAGCUACCCACCGGCUGUUAUUGAAGCAUUAAAGGAUGUGGACAAGUGGUCCUUUGAUGUCUUUUCCCUCAAUGACGCCAGCGGGGAUCAUGCACUGAAAUUCAUUUUCUAUGAACUACUCACACGUUAUGAUUUGAUCAGCCGUUUCAAGAUCCCCAUUUCUGCCCUUGUCUCAUUUGUGGAGGCCCUGGAAGUAGGAUAUAGCAAGCAUAAAAAUCCGUACCACAAUUUAAUGCAUGCCGCCGACGUUACCCAGACUGUGCAUUACCUCCUUUAUAAGACAGGAGUAGCGAACUGGCUGACAGAGCUGGAGAUCUUUGCUAUCAUCUUCUCAGCUGCCAUCCACGACUAUGAGCACACCGGAACCACCAACAAUUUCCACAUUCAGACACGGUCUGAUCCUGCUAUUCUAUACAACGAUAGGUCUGUAUUAGAAAAUCACCAUUUAAGCGCAGCUUAUCGCCUUCUGCAAGAGGAUGAGGAAAUGAAUAUUUUGAUCAACCUCUCAAAGGAUGACUGGAGGGAGUUUCGGACCUUGGUAAUUGAGAUGGUGAUGGCCACAGACAUGUCCUGUCAUUUCCAGCAAAUCAAAGCAAUGAAGGCUGCUCUGCAACAGCCAGAAGCAAUUGAAAAGCCGAAAGCAUUAUCCCUGAUGUUGCACACGGCAGACAUUAGCCAUCCCGCAAAAGCAUGGGAGCUCCACCAUCGCUGGACAAUGUCACUCUUGGAGGAAUUCUUCAGACAGGGUGACAGAGAAGCAGAGCUGGGGCUGCCUUUUUCUCCUCUGUGUGAUCGAAAGUCGACGAUGGUUGCUCAGUCGCAAGUGGGUUUUAUUGAUUUCAUUGUGGAACCCACCUUCACUGUGCUCACGGACAUGACUGAGAAGAUCGUGAGUCCUUUAAUUGAUGAAACCUCCCAAACUGGCGGGACGGGACAGAGGCGUUCAAGUUUGAACAGCAUCAGUUCCGCAGACGCAAAGCGGUCAGGUGUGAAGAGCACUGGCUCAGAAGGAAGCGCCCCCAUCAGCAGUUCUGUCAUCCCCGUUGAUUACAAGAGUUUUAAAGCCACUUGGACUGAAGUGGUGCACAUCAAUCGGGAGAGAUGGAGGGCCAAGGUGCCCAAAGAGGAGAAGGCCAAGAAGGAAGCAGAGGAAAAAGCUCGCCUGGCUGCCGAGGAGAAGCAAAAGGAAAUGGAAGCCAAGAGCCAGGCUGAAGAAGGCGCUGCUGGCAAAGCCGAGAAAAAGACAUCUGGGGAAGCUAAGAAUCAAGUCAACGGAACACGCACAAACAAAAGCGACAACCCUCGUGGGAAAAAUUCCAAAGCUGAGAAGUCCUCAGGAGAAAAACAACAGAAUGGUGACUUGAAAGAUGGUAAAAAUAAGACCGACAGGAAGGAUCAAUCCAAUGUCGGAAGUGAUUCAAAGAAAACAGAUGAUUCAGAAGAGUAAAACACACCUCACAUAGAAUAAAAGAGGCUGCCAGUGUCUUGCAUCAUUUUAGCUGAGCUGCUUCAUUCUCCUUCUCCUCCUUCCACAAAGACCCAUAUCUGGGGAAGGUGUCCAACUUUGAGAAUCAAGUCCCCCACCCUUGGCCUUCCCUCAUGCCACCUCCUUCCAAGAGAUGGCUCUCUGGGGACUGGUUUGAGGUCUAAGAACUCUGGGGAAUCCUCCCCCAGGCAAAUAAAACAACUUGAGCUUUUUGCACAAACAGAAACAAAACAUAAAGGUACUUCCUCAGAAUUCUUUCCUAAUGCCCUGGCUUUCAAGGCACCUGUCUGGCCCGAUGAGGAUGGACACCCUGGAUAUGCUGAGGGAGGCCUGAGAAAGCCACGUGCACAGUAAUUGCCAUUUUACUACUGUCGAUGCCCUUCCUUUAAAUUGUUAUUUUUGUACCGGCUACUGAUGGUGAAUACAGCCGUGCUGGCCCUUCAUCACAGCUAAGAUGAUGAUUCCAGUCUCUGGUGGUUCUUUCCUGAGUCAGGAACUUUCUUUUUCUCCAAUUUUCUUUCAGACUUAAAAAUUGUUCUUAUGCUUGUCUUUCCAUUUAUAUAUGAAAUUCUUUUUUUUAGAGAUUAUCCGACAGGACUCUUAUUUGUAAAUGCUUAAUUUAUCUGUGCAUUCAUUAAUAUAAACCUGAAUGUUUCUGCUGAUGACCAUACUGUUUAGGUGGGAGACAUACUGUUUUCAUUGGGUAGCAUCCAUAACUAAGUGGUUACCAAAAUUUUUACCAUGGGCCGGUCCUCUUCUUUUGGUUAUUUAUGGUUUCACUUAAUCCUUCUUUCUAUUCAGGGAAGUGCUAAGGGAAUUAGUAUCAGGGAAAUAUGUCAAAUAAUUCUUCUCAUUUUAGUGAGUCUUUAAAAAUAACACAUAGGAGAUCAUUAAUAGCAUAAAUCAAAAGCAAGAAUCAUGGAUGUAGCAUGGAAAGAGAAUAAAGAUACACCCCUUGAAUUCAAGUCAAAAAUGGGAUCCAAUGGAGUCUAAAUAAAGGGUAAUGUUAUGGGUCUAAAUGGUGUGAUUUGGAUAGAACUGAUUCUUAAAAGGUGGUUAUGGUUCACAAAGGAAUCUUUGAGUCCUUCCCAAGGGAACCCCAUGACUAUGUUGGUGAUAGAGUUGGGUUAGUAAUAGGGGGAGAGAGAGAGCUAGAUGGUGGGCUUAGGUGUAUUCCCCAUUGCAGGUUUAAUUUCUACAUUAAAAACACCAGAACAAACAUUUAAAAAAUCUUCUUAUUACUAAGGCAAAAUGUUGCUGUUUCUUCAGACAGAAAGGAGACUGUGUAUGUAGUCUACAGAGCCUCUUGCCUUGCUGAAAUAUUCCCCAACAGAAAGAUCUGAAGAACUCUUGUGUAGAAUGCCUAGUUGGUACUGAUAUUUGAACACGAUUCUUGGUUGGCUUUUUACAUUUUACCUUGUCAUAACACAUAGUUUUCUGUUGCUCCCUCUGCUUUUCAUAACAGUGACACUAAAUAAUGUGGGGCCUCGUAGGUCAAGUAAAUGAGUAAGCCAUGUAAUAUCAGAGUUACUGUGAUCAAUGGCAGUUGGUACCAGUGAGGCACUAAGGAGCAGUAGGGACUGUGAGGAACUGGAGCCUUUUGUUUGUUGACGUGUGUGUUGUGGAAAGGGGGCAGGGACUGGUCAGCUACAGGGUUAGUGCUAUGUAGCAAUGGCGACCUAGAUACCUAGGGUUUUAUAUAAACGCUCUCCAAAUUGUUAAAUAUUGGCGAUGAGUUCAGAAAUCUCCAAAGACUGUGCUGGUCGAAAAAAGCAUGCCUGCACUCCAUCCGUGGGACAUCAGUUUGCAAACUCUGCUCUUCGAGGUGGUAUGGUUUCAUAUAGGAAUGAAAUACAACCAGGGCAUCUCAAAUUUUUCAUCUUGGAACCUGAACCUAUUAUCUCAUUUAUGUUUUGUACUUUCUUAUGUAGAGCUUUGCAGCCGGUCAAAACAGAAAGCUUACAACUUCCCUUUUAUACUCUUAACAAGUCAGACUAAACAAUAUCUGAAAAAGAAAUAGGAAUAUAGCCAUUUUGUCUAGCAACAAUAAAGAUGGUAAUAUUUUCCAUUUGCUUUAAGUCAUUAAUUAGCUGAAAAAGAGUGGGAAGAGAGUUUCAUUCAGUAUAGAACUCUGGAAUUCUCAGUGUGGAAAAGCAAAACUCCAUGUAACUCGUCUUUAAACCCUUAAAAAAGUAUUUUGAAGGGACGUUGAGUAAAAAUGCAAUAUUAUCUAUUUUUAAAAAAUAUAAAUCAAUGUAUUAUUGUGGUAUACAUUAAUAUUGGACUUGAUAAAACAUUGAAAUCAUGAUCCCAAGUCCAUAUUGACUAGAAGAACACUAUUUCCAAAGCCCUGGUACACUUUCUGCAGUCUUUUUGUUCUCUUGAAACAGCUUGCAAAGGAGCAGCGAUAUGGGACACAUACUCUUCCAUUGCAUGGAGUCUGAAAUCUUACUCAGUAUUACACUGUCACAUAGAAAGCAAGGGCUUUCCUGAAUUAAGAAUUGACCAGUAUGUGGAGAAAGCAGUAGGGACAUUUCCAUCACAGACAAACCACAAUUUCUACAUGACCCUGGGUGGAAUACUUUCCAAAUGAAGUGAACCCUAAAAUUUGGGUCCCUACAUCACCUAAGAGCUCUACAUCCAGGUUUUGUGGAUGUGGUAUGUUUUGAGGCAUAAUGACGGAUCCAUAGGGAGGUCUUUCUUCCAUCUUUUAUUUCAUGCCAGCCUUUCUUAGGUUACGAGCCCUAAUAACUUAUGGCAGCAGGCAAGAGACUCAUUUCUAACCCAUUACAUUUAAAUGGAUUUUCUUCCAUUAUCUGUUUCAUUCUUGAAUCUUUUAAAACCUGUGGAAAACAUCUGAAAGGAUCCCAUGAAGGACCUGAUAUACUUAAACAGGAAAAUAGUAUCUAAACAUCUCAGAGCCAAAGAAGAAUCUAAUGUGCUUGUUUAUUGCAUUUGCAGAACUAAAGCCAUUGUAUUAUAUUUUCCUCCUAGAACCAUGCCUUUAGUAAAUUCGAAGAGUGAGAAAGUCAAGAGAAACAUUAAGACGGGAUGUGAGGCAGAACGCAGAUGAAAAGAUGGAGACCAAUUUUGUAAUCCAUAUUUUGGGAGUAAGAAUACUGGUCUUUUUGUAUCACUUCCAUCAUGGGUCACUUUUCCUUAGAUAGAUGAUGGAUAGAUAGAUAGAUAGAUAGAUAGAUAGAUAGAUAGAUAGAUAGAUAUAGAUGAUAGAUGAUAGAUAGAUUAGAUAGAUAGAUAGAUAGAUAGAUAGAUAGAUAGAUAGAUAGAUAGAUGAUAGAUAGAUGAUAGAAAUAUUUUCUUCUGUUCUUAACCUUAGAGCAGAGACUUACAUGAUAAACAUGACUUCAUAAUGUCCCCUGUGGACUAUGGGGGAAAACAAAAGAAAGAAAGCACUAAAUCUUUUUCUCAUAACGAGAGGGAAGAUUCUGAGAUUAAAGCCUAUGUACACAGUAUUCUGUCCCCAAUAAAGGGGAUUCUGGUUGGAAACUUUGUUCUGAUUCUGCGAUCCCCACACAUCCCAACAGGAGUUGCAGUGUUGUGCUCCCCUCCCCCCACAGGGCCCGGCGCACAGUCAGCAUUCAGGAAGCAGGUGCACAACUGUCCAGCUGCAUUCCGCUAUCCACCUGUGAGUGCCAACGAAGCCCAACAUCUCCUGUAUGCCAAGCAUAUCACUAAAGGCUGACUUUCUAAGGAUAUGCAGACAUACCCUAGUGACAUAAGUAGCUUAUCAUAAGGGAGAGAAAUUGCAGGUGUUUUGGGGAAAAUUGUCAGAGCCCAGUUUAUGAAAAAAACAAAAAAUUCUCUAUGGCUCUUGGAUUUAAGAAAAAUAAAAUAAAAACAAAACAAGACUGGAUUUAUCUGAAAUUGUUCUUCCAAAAGGGACGAUGACAUCCAUCUAUAUGAAAUACCAGUGGAUUUAAUUAUAAUCUAAGUUGAAAUAGUUAAAAUCCAAAGUGGACUGGUCUUGCAGCAAAGAGAAGAUCCUAUAUGUGCUGUGUGGGGAAUCAUGCCCAGUUCUGCUCUGCUGAUAUUAUGGUUGGUACCGCACUGAACCACAGCAAAAUUGGACUUUAAAGAACAUAAUGCUGCAGUAAUGAUGUUAUAUUGGAUCUCAUGUGUGAAUAAAUGGAAAGUAAUACUUAUAUGAUUCAUCAAUAUUGCUCCAUCAUUAAAGGCCUGAUUAUCACUUAGAAAAUGAACUUAAUGAAAAAACUGCAAUGAACAGCACAGUAUUUCUAUGAAACAUCCCUCUGAGAACUGGCAACAAUUACCUGGCAAGAACAGAUUUCAGUUGCUAAGAUUUCCUCUCGUCAAAGAGCCUGAGCAUUGAGGUGACAGUGGAAUUAGAAUGGUAGCAGAGCCACCGAGAACAUUUGACAGAGUUCAGUUAAUUUGAGUUCAGAGAGGUUAGAAAAAAUGGGUAGCAGUCCUCCGGAUGUUCUUAGUAGACAUUUGUAAAAGACUGUAUAUCCCUCCAGGAAAGUCUGCAGUCAUCAAGAAUUGUUUCAUUGAAAGAACACCUUGUUUUUACAUUAAACAAGCGUGGGUACAGUGGGAGACCCGGACUGAAAAAUUCAUGAAAGUCCAUUUGAACAUUAAUACCUGGUUAUUUUAACUAAUCCACCCCCACCUCUCCCAUUUUUCAUUAAAGUAUUGCAGAUGUAUUUGAGAUGAAUUUAUAUUUAUUCUGCUUCCUGUUCCCAAGUAGAAGUGCAUCAACACUGGCCAUGGCUGGCUUCCCUCAGUGAACCUGGACCCAGCCGAGAUUGCUAUCCACUGAGCCAGGAGAAGCAGGGGGUGGUGUGGGGGCCCUCUCAGCUCCCUCGGGGCAUACUUAUUCAACAUCCUUUGGGAAGAUCAUGCAUCUCUGGGGAUAAAUGCUGGCUGGAGCAGGCCAGUCUGUGUCCUCAUGGAGGCUCCCACCUUUGGUUAGCUUCAGCCAUGAUCACUGACCUUCACCCAUGUAUUUUCAUGGGAGCUGGCUUCUUAGCCUGAAGAAGCAUUUCUCUGCCAGGUUAUGGUACAGGAUAAUUCAUUUAAAAUAAAGCCCAUUAAAACUCUAUAGCUAUGGAUUGGCUUUUAAGUAGAUUGCCCUGGAGGCACAUUAUUGUAGAGUCUGUGCUGCUCUGUCACGAUCUGUCUUGGGGUAGGUAUCUGUAUACAUGUGUCCUUGUCAUUGAGUGGGUAUAUGUCUGAUGGUACAGAGACGGAGUCGCACACCAAUAUACAUAUAUUUAUAGUAAAAACCUACAGCCGUAGGUACUGUCCAGUAACUGAUUCUAGAGAUAGAACUGUAGAGUAUACAUUUUCCUUUUUUCUUGCUUUGAUAUUUUUAUACAAUUUUAUAUGCUGUAAAAAAAUUUUUAAAAAUAUUUGCUAUUUUCAUUUGUAGAGCUCGAUUGGAUUUUUAUCGGCUCAGGUGCCCACUGUACAGCUUGAUUCCUCCUCCCUACCUAAUUUAAGAGUCUUCUCCCCUUUUCAUACCUUUCAUUUACCUUUCCCUUCAUUUCUUCUCUCAUUUUUCUACCUUUCAUAAAUUCCUUCUUUUGCCUCUGUCCAGGCAAGCCAUUAUGCCCGUGGUAUCAUUUUAGCACAAGGAAACACAAAAUAAUGGGGGAAAGAUACGCAUCUUCUUCCAGUGUAAUUAACAUGAGGAAAUGUUGGGUGCCAGGGGUGGGGUAGGUAGUUGGGGAGUAGGGAAUAGAUUGGGGGAAAGGAAGCAGGAAAAAGGAAAUCCUCAUGGGAGAUCAGUUACCCAAAGCAAGGUGCGUCACUUUGAGGCUAAUGUAAUGCGGUCAUCUUCCCUCAGUAUGGAGCACAAGCUUUCCCCUCACAGUGUUCAACCCCUAGGAUAUCAGGUGCUCACCGUGGGUCUGUAGACCCUCUCCUGCUUUGGGCACUGGCCCUAUGUGAAUGGAUAACUCAGCUCAUCUCAGCCUUAGAUUUUGUUGCUGUUGAGCUAGAUUUGUGGGAGGUGUCUGGAUUAAUACCAAGGAUGUUUAGAAAGAUUCAAAAGAGGGAGGCAAGCAGAACCAAAACCCCAAAACUCAGUCCAAAUCAUGCCGAAUAAGUACUUCUUUGGAGGGAUAAGGAAGAGAGUUCUGGAUGUGUUCUGAGGAUGCUCCUCCAAAAGGGAAGAUGGUAAAGUGGACUUAUGUUUAUUUUUACAGCAGUGCUAGAAUGUCCUUCCAUGAUGUAAAAUAGGUCUCUAGCAGAUAAAAUGCAGGUUGCAAUUUGCAUUUGUAUGUCAUAGGGCAAGAGAAUGGCCAUCCAUUCUAAAGAAAAGUGUUUUGUUCCUUAUGAUGCUGGUUUGUACUAAAACAAACUAUUCAAAUACCAUAACAUCACAUCUCCAAAUACAAAAAUAAUUCCUAAAGAUUCACGUAGAACAGAAAUGCUGAACUGCUCUCAAUAAACUAAGGAUGUGUUCAUUGUAAUCUUUAUUGCACAGAUGAGGCUGACAGUCUGUCGAUGUAUAAUUUCCCCCAUCAUCUAGUGAUGAAUAAGUAUCUGUAUGUUCUUCUGAUUACCAAAUAAAAACAAUGAGUUAAUC